GGUCAUUUGAAGGACCAAGGGUUUGCACGAUGUGAAUAGCAUAAGCCGACAAUCAAUUUUUCUACGUUAAACAACAAUUGCGUACAAAUUCUUCCUCAACAAACACUGAUUCAUUCAUUCAUUCCCCUAAACACCAAUUGAAUUUCAUCAUAUUCCACUCACAAACAACAACAACAACAACAACACACGAGAUUUCAAAUAUUCUACAGCAUAAUCGCGAGCCUGAAGAACAGAAUCGUUUUAGAAAGAUGACAGGAAGAAUUGGAUUGAGAUUCAUGAAAGAAUGUUUGAAUCAGAAGCUGAAAUCAAUAGCGGCUCCCAUUGCUACAACCAGACAUUAUACUUCUUCUUCUUCUUCUUCAACUGUUAAACCCAAUCCUCCUCAUUCUUCCAGAAAGGGUAGGUUGCUUACAGGAACUACCAUUGGACUGGUUAUAGCUGGAGGAGCUUAUGCCAGCACUGUGGAUGAAGCCACAUUCGGUGGCUGGCUCUUUAACGCAACAAAAGUCGUAAAUCCGUUAUUUGCAUUACUGGAUCCAGAGGUUGCUCACCGUCUAGCCGUCUCUGCUGCAGCUCGUGGGUGGGUCCCUAGAGAAAAAAGACCCGACCACCAAAUACUAGGGCUCGAAGUUUGGGGAAGAAGGUUCUCUAAUCCAAUCGGUCUAUCAGCCGGAUUCGAUAAAAACGCGGAGGCUGUCGAAGGUUUACUCGGAUUAGGUUUCGGUUUCGUAGAAGUUGGAUCCGUAACUCCUAUUCCACAAGAGGGCAAUCCAAAACCUCGUAUGUUCAGAUUGCGGGACCAAGGUGCAAUAAUAAACAGGUGUGGGUUUAAUAGUGAAGGAAUUGUUGCAGUUGCAAAACGGUUGGGUGCUCAACAUGGUAAGAGAAAACUAGAUGAAACGUCAAGUACUUCGAUAUCUUCGAAUGAUGAUGUCAAACAUGGGGGAAAAGCGGGUCCCGGGAUUCUUGGGGUUAAUAUUGGAAAAAAUAAAUCCAGUGAAGAUGCUGCUGCAGAUUAUGUACAAGGCGUACAUACAUUAUCACAGUAUGCUGACUAUUUGGUAAUAAAUAUAUCAUCGCCCAAUACACCUGGACUUCGCCAGCUUCAAGGCAGAAAACAGUUAAAGGACCUUGUUAAGAAGGUUCAAGCAGCUCGUGAUGAAAUGCAAUGGGGUGAAGAGGGCCCACCUCCAUUGCUAGUGAAAAUUGCUCCGGACUUGUCGAAGCAAGAUCUUGAAGAUAUUGCAGCGGUUGCUCUUGCUCUCCGCUUGGAUGGUUUGAUUAUAUCAAAUACAACUAUUUCAAGGCCUGAAGUAGUGCAGAGCAAUCCUGUGUCAAAAGAAACCGGCGGACUAAGCGGGAAACCGCUUUUCACUUUAUCAACCAACAUCCUAAAGGACAUGUAUAUUUUAACAAAGGGAAAGAUUCCUUUGAUCGGGUGCGGAGGUGUGAGCAGUGGUGAGGAUGCUUACAAAAAAAUAAGAGCAGGAGCAACUCUUGUUCAGCUUUAUACAGCAUUUGCUUAUGGUGGACCCGCCCUUAUACCUCAAAUAAAGGCGGAACUUGCACAAUGCUUGGAAAGGGACGGGUUCAAGUCAGUUUAUGAAGCCGUUGGUGCAGACUGCAGAUGAUCAAUCAUAUGCCAAUUUUGUGAUGGUUUUGUAAAGAUAAGCGACCGGAUGCAUCUCCAUAAACAUAUUUACACCUUCAUCCUGAAGCUGUAGUUUUCGGGACUUAGAAAAUUAUAAAUUCUUCCCUUUAUUAUUUAUUUUAUUUUAUUUUAUUUUUUAUAAGAUGUUUUGAGAGAGUAGCUGUUAAACAAUUUUGAUGUUUGAUUGAUGCCCAUAAGUUGUUUCAUGACAGCUACAUCAUUUUUUUCAUAUAUUUUAUUGCAAAAUGCGUGACAUAUGGGACUCUUAA